UGAUGAGUAUCUAAGUAUAAUUGUGUUAAGUUGUAAGCUGUGAUCGGAGUUCAAACCCCCGGCUCCACCACUUGUGUGUGAGAAUUUCUAAUGACUAUUGUUAUUUCGUCUAUUUCUAAUGCAAAUUUUUUUUGUUCAAUGUUAGGUGAGGUAUGUGUCUAUUAAGACUAUAUCAUACUCUUCAUUAACACUAUCAACACAAUCGAAAUAAAUUUCAAUCAACAAAGAAUCAAACACGCUUCAUCAAAUGUUUGGUAUGGUCUAAUCAAAAGAAAUGGGGCAACAUAAAAUUAAAUGACAGAAAUUAAUACACUUCUUAUACAUAAUCAGAUCUUUUCUAGGGAUGAAGAAAUUAGUUACUUCUUCCUAGAAACACAAUAAAGAAGCUCUAAAAACCACAUUUUUUCCUUUUCUUUUCAUUUAUCAAAUUCUUAAAUGCUAAACCAGAUGUCAGAACAGAAACAUUUAAUGAUUCAUGUAAUUAUAGGUUGAAAUGAAAGUGCCUUUUUUCUUACUUAACCUCUUUUCUCUAUUCUAGUGGCAGCCUCAAUUCUUGACCACUUGUCACACUUUGCAUCAUUGUAUCUUUGCCUCUUCAUCACUACUUUUGUACUAUAAAGCACAAAAGUUGUUUGAAGAAUUCUUGUAUAUUGUUUUCUAGUGUCUUUGUCUUUGUGUGUUGUUUUUUGAAGAAAUUAAAGAUGAGUUAUUUAGGUGUUGGUGUUAGUCCUGGUAAUGUUCCUGUAUACCAUGGCACAAACAUGAAAGUGUUGGAUAGGAAGAUUAGGAUAACUGAGUUGGUUUUAAGGUGUGUGAUUCUUGGUUUAGGUGUUCUUUCUGUUGUUCUUGUUGUGACUGAUUCUCAAGUUAGAGUUUUUUUCACCAUUCAGAAGAAAGCUACAUACACUGACAUGAAGGCUUUAGUGUUUUUGGUUGUUGCAAAUGGAUUAGUUGCUGGAUACUCCUUAAUCCAAGGGUUAAGGUGUGUAGUGAGUAUGAUUAGAGGAAGUAUACUCUUCAACAAGCCCUUAGCUUGGGCUAUAUUUUCUGGUGAUCAGGUAAUGGCAUAUAUUACAGUGGCUGCAGUGUCGGCUGCCGCACAAUCUGCAGUGUUUGCAAAGUUGGGCCAACCAGAAUUACAAUGGAUGAAAAUAUGCAACAUGUAUGGAAAAUUUUGCAACCAAGUUGGGGAAGGAUUAGCUAGUGCUAUUGUGGUUAGCAUUAGUAUGGUGGUAUUAUCAUGUAUUUCAGCUUUCAGUCUCUUUCGUUUGUAUGGUGGUAGCAAAAUUAAAAAUGCACAUUGGUAGGUUAAAAAUAAGUUAAUAUAGAUUUAAGUGAAUAAAUAAGCUACCACUUAUUCCACUAUUUUCUUGGCCAAUUUGAUUGUUUCGGAAUUUACAAGGCUUUUUCUUGUAUAUGUAAUGUAUUAGUAGUAGUAGUAGUAUUGAAUGAUGAUUGUGAUAUGAAUAUAACUUAUGAGAAUGCAGUUAUUGUAUCGGUAUAUUUAGCUCUUUGAUAUAUUUAGCUAUUUUAGGAUGUUGUAGAGUUGAGUGUGACUUGAGUUGGUUGCAAUUGCAUAGUUUGACAUUGUCAAAGAGAACCUUCUUAAUUAAAUUUUGACAGAUACAUUUGUAAGAAGGGGCAAAGAAAGUGAAAAAAUUUCAUCCUAUAUGUUUAAUGUUUAGAGCUCUCGAAUUUCCAAUUUUACCAUUUAUCGAAUUUAACCAAUUCGGUAGGUAUGAAUAUAACGGUCAGCUUCUUC